AUGGAGGAUUGGCUGGGGCGCCAACAUGGCGUCCUAACCUUCCGGCUGACGCAGAUACUUACCGGACAUGGUUGUUUCGGUAGGUAUCUGCAUCGCAUAGGUCGGGAGCAAUCGCCCGAUUGCCACCACUGUGAGGACCGCCUUGAGGACACGGCGCAGCACACCCUGGAGGAGUGCCAAGCUUGGGCAGAACAGCGCCGUACACUCGAUGCGGCAGUUGGUGUUGGUGGUCUCUCGCUCCCAAACAUCGUGCAAGCGAUGGUUCGGAGUGAAACAGCGUGGAGUGCCGCUGCCUCCUUUUGCGAGGAGGUGAUGUCUGCAAAAGAGGCGGCGGAACGUGAGAGGGAAAUUUUGAUGGUGGAUCCCUCUCGCAGGAGACGCAGCGGGCGCCGAAGGGCGAAUGAUGACCUCCGGCCUCCAUGAGUUGCCGACCUGCGGUUGACGGGCGUAAGGGGCGUUCGUCAGCCGAUACAUAACCAGGUCAGGAGGUAGCGCGCCGUGUUCCGGGUGCGCUUCUGAGACGGAGCUGGUAGCAG